AAUACAGAAUCCAACUAGGUCGCAGCACGCGCGCAUGCCCUCAUAAUGCUCUCUCACUGUCUCUUCAAGAAGAAGCUCUAAACUCCCUCCUCUCUUCAUCCUUCGUUCAUCUUAUCACGUCUUGCUAGUCAAGAGAGGUCAAUACCAUAACGCGAAAGCAGCAUCUGAGUUGGAUAAUUAUCAUUUCUGAGUGGUCACUCUAAGUGAUGGACUAUCAUCUCCCCGACGUCGCCAAGAGCCGUUUUGCAAUGAACGCCGCGUCGAUUUUAUCGGGCAAUCUGGCUCAUCCCGUGCACAGUCCAUCAUCGCCACCCUCAUCGUCGACGACAUCGUCUCCGCCGGCGACUCCAACUUCUUCAGCCUCCUCAGUCAAGCUACCAUUCUCCUCCUCGCCGAUCUCCCCGGCCAUGGCGGCCUAUUACAACCCCUACACCGGGUGUCCCAUGACCAGUAUGACAACUCCGUCUUUUACCAUCGACAACAUUUUAGCGCCCCGUCCCUAUCCGGCUCUACCCCCGCGACAUGCUCCUUAUCUACCGCUAGCUCCUCAUCCUCACUUCCCUCUGCUUCAUCCUGAGUAUCAUUUAGCUGCUUACCAUGCAUACACUGCCUACCCCCAUAUGGACCUUUUGGCUCGCAAUCAGAAGAGAAAACGAAGGCAUAGGACCAUCUUCACCGAAGAGCAACUGGAGCAACUGGAGGCUACCUUCGAGAAAACCCACUAUCCUGAUGUCAUGUUGAGGGAAGAACUCGCCAUCAAGGUCGACCUUAAAGAGGAACGAGUGGAGGUUUGGUUUAAGAAUCGUCGAGCUAAAUGGAGGAAACAGAAGAGAGAACAACAGGAGGCUGCAAAGAGGGCUUGUGAGGCUUAUAAGACCGAGUACGGGUCGAAAUCAGAGAAAACCACAUCAUCUACUACUACCACUUCAAGUAUCCCAACAUCGUCACAACAUGAUCACGAAUCUAUGCUGCCACCGUCACUGAACGAAGCCAGCCGGCUCGCUACGGGACACUACCCCGGGGAACCCGCGCAAAGACGGGACAGUACAAACCCUUUCAUGAGGCAUCAUUCAGCGGACGAUGAGUCGGAUUCUGACGGGCUAGACAUGGACUCUCCAUCGGGAAGCACUCGGUCUAGCCCCCUCUCGCUAUCCCGUUCACCCUCAACCUCUCCAAGACAUUGAUGAAACGUUAAUCUACUUCUGUAUAAAUAACAUAUUUUGAAUUUUGUCAUUUUGAAUGACAUCGACUGACUUUCUUCUCGUAUUCAGAUGAUAAUUUGUUUUGGUGAACUGCAUGAUACAGCCACACACACUCUCUCUUUCUCAUCGUUCUGUGUUGGAGAGAAACAAAAUUAACAGAUUGAGGUAUAUAGUUUCAAAUCACUUUCUUAACUGACUUUACGUUAGCAAAGUCUAUUUCAUUAUUAUAUUUUGCAAUGCAGGGGAAUGUGAGUUUCUAUUGACAAUGUAUUCAACUUAUAUUAUGUGCAAUAUGUAUCGUUUAUUAUAGUACAGUCUAACAUGGGAUUCACUUUGACUGUUUUGAUGUGAAUUAUUAUUUCAGUAUUAAUUUGCUAAGUUAGUAUCUUUCCAGUCUAUGAUGUAUCUCUGUAACGAAAAAAAUAUAUACUCAUGUAAAUGUAUUCGUAUUUUUGGUGAAGGAUUCUUUUUUUCGGAAGUCCUCUUGAAGAAAUAUUAUUCUUCACCUAUUCAAGAUUAGCUCUCACUCGAGGUCGAAGCUCGAAAAUCUGUAAUCACCCCCGUUCUUUGAUUUGAAAGGUGAAGAGGGUCAUAAGAAAUGCAUGAUGAUGGUUGAGCUCCCCCUACCUUUAAGCUUUAUCCCCGUAAGUGAUGGGAUUUAGGCGGAUUGGUUCCGCCGUGCAUAAAUCACGGGUAUGCAGCGACCCUUUACUACCAGAAGAAACAACUUAUUAUGUAAGACUUUCAUUUCCACAGAAGGUAAUCUUUAAUCAAACAUGUCUGUAAAUGGAUGCUUUAUGGUGGAAGCAAGGAUCAAAUGAAGUAAACAUCUACAUGAAAAAAACAUUGCCAGAGAGAGAAAAACAAACAAGGCGCGCUCAUAAUUAUUAUUUCCACAUUUUAUUAUUAAUUUCUUUUUUUUUGAGAGGGGGGCUCGGUUUGAAGCGACCAAAUAAAACGGUGCAUAUUAACUCUAAUUCUGUGUUAUUUAAUUCCUCAUUCCUUAAACGUAAUAAAAAAAAGAAAAUAUCACUUUAUGUGUAUUGUUCCAUAAAUUCCAUAUAGAAAGAGUAUACCUUUUGUUAAAUGUUCCAUUCAUUCCUCUGUUUAUUCAUAUUCUCUCUCUCUCCAAUCUAUCUAUCUAUCUAUUUAUCUAUCUGUCUAUCUAUCUAUCCUUCUAUCUAUCUAUCUAUCUAUCUAUCUAUCUAUCUAUCUAUCUAUCUAUCUAUCUCUCUUUCUUAGUCUAUCUCCAUCUUUCUCUUGAUCAUUGCGUCCGUUUGUGCCCCCUCCCCCCUCUCUCUCACUCUUUCUUUUCCCCUUUAUCUCCCCCUCUCUCCCACUUUGUUGAUAGUUUCCCCGCAUCCAACCCGGACACUCUGCCUCUGCUCUAUAUAUACCUACUCCCCCAACGCCCUCUCUCUGCCGUCUUUGGAUUGGCGCCACCACAAGCACGCCAUCACGUGGUCUAACUAAAGUUACAUUGAGCAUUGCGACGCCACUGACUGCUUUAUGAUAGCAUGACAAUCAUGUGUUCAUAUACGGUUAUGCUAAUCUUCAUAAUAGUUUCAAAAUAUACUAGAAAUAUGGAAGGUUUAAUCUUAAAAACGGAAACAUUUGCUAAAAAUAUGCUAGCUGCUGACAUGAUAUGAAGCAGUACUUAUUACGGUGUGUGAUGUCAUUUUUCGUUGACUAUUAUUGUUGAAUUAUUAUCAGAUGAUUUUUUUUUCCAAAUGUACAGGCCUACGUGUAGUAAUGCACUAUUUGGUCAAGAAUGCGUUUUGACAAUCAACAUGUAAAUAACAUUGUUUUCUAAAUAUCUUACUAAUCUGAGAUGUUGAAAACUGUAUGUAUAUAUUUGUAAAUACAUAUAAUGUAUUUAUGACAAUGAACGCUUAUGGAUCCUGACAUAAUUAUAUAAUAAUAUAACAAAUGGAAGUAUGCGAUGACUUUUUAUUUGCUAAAUUUCAAAAUUAUUCCAUUAUAUAAAUUGUGUGAUAAAGAAAUAUAUACAGACCUCUUGAGUUUGUUUAAUGUUCUUGAAGAACAUUCAAGAAGCAAUGCUGCUUCGAUUUAUGCUGGGAGACCAUACAAAAUAAUGCACAUAAUAUUAAUAUUGAAAUGUCACAGAUUUCAUUUCAAGAGUCAACAAAGUAUUUUCAGUCGAACUCUACUGAGGGUGGAUCAUUUAUUAAUAUUAGUAGUAGUAGUAGUAUGAUUGAUUGAUACUAUUAUUACUAUUAUUAUUAUUAUUAUUAUUAUUAUUUUCAUCAUCAUCCUAUAUCAUGAAGAAAAUGUCAUGAACAAGAAAAAUGUAUCAUUUUCACAUAGGAUACUGGUAUUUCUCCAAGAAAAAGACACUUUGAAAUCGCCAUUCCCAAAUGAUUUGAGUUUGUAAAUGUAUAUAUAUUUUAGUCUUCGUGUCAACUUGAAAGACUACGUGACACGAUGCUGUAUAAGACGAAAUCGUAUUAAACUGACUAUCAAAAUA